AUGACCCACAAGCAUCCAACAAAUGGGCCUUGAGAUAUAAUUCAGCCCGCUUCCUAUUUUAUUUUCUCUCCGUCCGAGGCCCAUAAACCCUCAUUUCGCUACUCGCCAUCUCUUGCAAGCUUGCAGCCAACCUCUUACUACGUUGCACAGGUCGCCGAAGACUCCGACAGAGGAAUUCCGUCGAGCAGCUGGUGUGCAUGAGAUAGACGCAGACCAGAGUGAACCCUAACGAGAGAUCAUGAUCAGGGCCAAGAAAGCCACCGUCUUGACGCUCGCUGAGAAGUGCAAGAAUAUACUGGCUUCUAACUGGCAAGGUCACCUCCACACAAUCAAAGCAGAUGCAAAGGGAAGCAAGGAGGAUAUAUACACUUCAAAGGUGAAGUACAUAGUGAAGAAAGGAAGGCCAUUCAUAUGGGUACAAGACAAAGAUAUGCACAACAUGAAUACAAUCAUUGACGAGCGUAGCUCGUUCUCUGUUGCUAGUCCCUUCCCAGGGCCCUUAGCAAAGUUGCUGAAAUUGACAGAUAAGUUACCAGCACGGAUUGCUCUAACUGGGGACAUCUUACCUCUUAGAGAAGAAAAGGCACAAUUGACGGUGGAAAAUCUUAAAGAAAUCAUAGAGGCGGAAGAAAGAGUUGUUAAUGAUGCAGCUUACACGGUUUCUAGCAUAUUGAGUUGUUCAGAUGUGAUUACUGCAUCACGAAGUGACAGCCUCAAGGAGCUGUUAGAUGAACAUGAAAAGUACCAUAUUUAUAAGUUCAUCGUGAGUUCAUGCAUGUAUGUUGAUGGCAAUGGAGGAACGCAUGAAGUUGAUACUGAAGAUAUUGAAAAGUGUAGAACCGAUCCGUUGGCAUCGUUCUCUUCCAGGCUUAUUGAUGGUAUAAACCAAAGCGAAGCAAGGUGUAAGGCUCUCACCCUUUUCUGCCUCGUACACUUGAAUGCUAAUGCCAGAGAUGUAUACAUGCUCUCUGUGGAUCGUAAGGGCUUCGACAUGCUUGCAAAAGUUGCAGCCGUUGGAAAUGACGGCAUUUGUGAUUAUCAGUGGAAAGAAUACCGAUUCAGCUUCAAGGAGGAAGCGUUCGAUCUCGAAACUUUCUGCGGUCAGCUAGUGGAAAUGGAGGAGGAAGUCGUGAAGAAAAUCGGAAAUUACAGCGGGUUGACAUGAACAAUCAGUUUGGAAAAUUGUGCUACUUCGAUUAGAAACUAUCAGUACUGCAUAAUGUAACAUUAUCCGAAACAUUCCUUUGAAGCUAGAUCAAAGGAAAGUAAAUCAUAAUUGUUCUC